GCUGCGGUCUGCACCUAUACGCCCCCUUAAGGACGUUUCGUUUCUCCGCAGCACCCACGAGGCCGCAGCCUCCCCUGCGUUCUUGUCCGGGAUUGACCCCUUCACCUGCGCUUCACCUCGCCCUGGGUGAACGGGCGUCGCUGGGGUUGGGAAGCGCUCCCUGCCCCUCUGCCCGCGCACGGCGCCUCACUCUCCCACCUCCGGGAAGGAUUUUAAAUGUCUCGGAAACAAGCAUUGGAAUUAACAAAGAGGGAUAAAGCUGCCAGAGUCAUUCAGAAGGCCUGGAAAAGAUUCCUUAAUAUUACGGUAUUCCAACACUUUAAAAGUCUGAUUAAUAUAAGAAGACAAGGGGAACCACGUCAGAUAGUAAGAUAUAUUAAUCCUAAAGAGGCAGAGCUUCUAGAUGCUGCUGCUGGCGUUCAUGUACGGUUCAGAUUAGGUGGUGUUAAAUUUCCACCUGAAAUAUACUAUAAAAUUUUUACUGAGAGACAUAUUGAAGAUCUGUGUGCCAAUAGCCCUAGAGAUUACACAAAACUUUCAGCAAAAUAUGCAUCUCAUAUUAAAAGUGAUGAUGUUCAGGAAGAGGAUCACAGUGGAUGGUAUCAUCGUAUAGAGAACAAUGGCUGGAGACCUGUUUCUGAUAGAUUUUGGAUGUCCACUGAAGAUGUAAUGGUGGGAGACAAAAAGGAAUGCACAUUUCAUUUCUCUAAACUGAAGAGACGACAAGAUAUGGAAAAGAAAAGAAAAAUUAGAAAAAUAGAAUGGAUGAGGCAAAUGUACUACGCGGGAAGCCUGGAGGCUAAGUCAACAAAUAGUGAAACUCUAGGUUUAAUUCACACAGCAACGAAAGGGCUAAUAAGAUCUAUUGAAGAUGGUGGGAUAGAUUCUGUGAUGGAAUGGGAAGUGGAUGAAGUGCUGAACUGGACAAAUACACUGAACUUUGAUGAGUAUAUUGCCAACUGGAAGGAAAUUGCUACAAGCAACUCUUCAGCUAACUUCACAAGUUCUAGGUUGGAACAAGAACAGAGAAGAAAAUAUGACUAUACAGCUACAUCAGAGAACAUGGGAAUAUCAGAAAAUAAUUCUUACCAAAAACCAAAUGUUACUAGACUAACACCUGAUUCCACGUAUGGACUAUAAAUUAAGUCCUCUUUUAUUUUGUGAGCUUUGGCCCUUCAAACCCUGAAUCCAUCAGUUAUAAUCAAGAGAUAGUAUAUUCUGACUGGAAUGGCUUGUAUUCUUGGCACAGAAUCCACUCAAGUAAAAAUUAAACAGAAACAGAACAUUGGGCUGAAUACAGUGGUCACAGAAAAUAUAGAAAUUAUUCCCUGUACUCUGAGAAAUUGUAAUAUUCUAAAAAUUACACUUAAAUAUAUUAUACUUAGGUGCAAAAAAAUCUUUAGCUUUUUAAAAAAAGUAUCUUUUAUUUGGACAUUCAUGUCAGGCAGAAAUCCUAUUCCAUUAAAAAAGGAAAAGGAGAAAAAAGAUAAUUGGGCAGUAUAGCAAAUUCUCUUUUUAUUGGGAAAGCAAUAGGCUUACUAGAAGCCCCUGCCCUAGUCACCUUAGACAUCCUUGGACCAAACUGGGUCAGUAGGUGCCCUUUGCUAAAGAAGCUAGAAAAUCAAAAUCUGUCUUUCAGCUUCCACAGUGGGAGGAAUGGGGGACUGGAGAUGACAGUUGGUCAAGGAACAGAGUCUACCCCACCCUCCUAGUCUAAGCACCCUCUGCUGCUACCCAUCAUCACACUGUAUCUUUAAAAAUCUAUCUAUAAUCCUAAUAGACAAGAAUCUAUUUCUGGGUUCUUUAUCCUGGUCCACUGAUGUUUGUGUCUUAUCUUUAUAGCAAUUCCAUCUUCUAUUUGUUACUGUCCAUUUAGCCCAACUCUUUCAAACUUUCAUUUCAAAAUAAACUGUUUUGUCCUAUUAUAGUCCUUUGCAUUUCCAAACAAACCUUACAAUCAGACUGUUAAGUUCUUAAACAAACAAACCAAAAACCCCUGCUGGGAAUGGAUUGGAUUGCAUUGAUUCUAUAUAUGAAUUUAGGGAAGAAGUGCUCUUAGUGUAUCAAUCCAUGAACAUGGUACAUCUUCCCAUAUAUUUAGGCCUUUGGUUUCUCAGUAAUAUUUGUAAAUUUUAGUGAACAGGUACUUCAUAUAUUUUGUUAAAAUUAUGCCCAACUAGCCCAACUAGGUGUGGUUCAGUGGGUUGAGCACCAGCCUUCAAGCUGAAAGGUCACUGGUUUGAUUCUUGGUCAGGGCAUAGGGU